AUGGGGAAAAUGAAGUGUUGCUGUAUUGGGAAGAAGCACACUUAUGUGGCCACGCGCAAUAAACCAUCAUGUGGUUGUAUAAGCCCAGCGUUUAUUCAGAGUGCAAAACGCAACCAUUAUUGUGCACUAGUUCAGGCAGGACAGGAUCCUGAUAAAUAUAGGGAGACUAUGCUGUGUUUGGGAAAAUAUCAUUUCCGUGACAUACACAAAUGGGAAGGUGGUUCCUGUCAGUUUCAUCCUCUAAAGAAAUGCAGUUGUAAGGAAUGCCCAAGCGACGAGGAUGGUUUUUAUGAAAAUUUAAAAUGCCCUGGGGAAGCAUACCAUUCAGCCCAUGUUUUAAAGUGUGAAUUUCAUGCUCUGUGCUAUGAAAUAGAAUGUUCUUCUAGGACUAGGGAGGCAAAAAAAGUCAUUGACCGUGGGUUGGGAAAGGGGCACUCCAACCUGCCAGAAUCGACAUGUAGUGUCCUUACUAAGUUUAGGGCUAAGGAUGUCAACCUACAUCAGAAACACUACUAUGCAUCGACAAAUUUGGGUCUGAUACAGGCAAAUAUGACAUGGUGCUUCAAGAAGAGAGGGCCCGACUAUCACUGGAUAGUGGAUUUGUAUUCAAGACUGGGCUUGCCAUUGCUUGAUGGCAUCCAAGAAAUGAUGCUUCAAUUUAUAUUAUUACUAAAGAAGCAUGUAAAAAACUGCCAAAUCAGACACACAUAUGGUGAUGAAGAUGGAGAGGAAACUUGUAAUGAGGAAGAAGCCCUGCUGCUAACAGAAACAGCUAUUGCAGAUGGAACUGCAGGACCUCCUCCUAUGUUGGCACCAGUUCCUCCCCUUGAAGGAGUUGACCUGGAAAAGGCCGCAGACAAAAGUGCCAGAGAAGCAGAACGAAAGCUGGAUUCUGAAGGAACUUUACAUCGUUUUCUGAAAGAUGAAACUACCAGCAAAACGACCGAAGAGACCGGGAUUGCAACUGUAAAGCCGACCGACAAACAUUCGGACGACCCUUAUUAUGAGCCACCAUUGAAGCAAAGAAUUCGUUCGGAUGAAGUGAAAUAUGAGCUAAACAUUCCUGAAGGAUUGUUCCUUGGGACAACAUCAAGCAUAAUAGGUUUAGUUGACCAGUUCAACACAUAUUUCCAAGAAAUGGUAAAUGUAAAGUUACAUUCCUUUCUCAUUAUAUAUUUUGUCUCAGGAAAGCUUGUCCUUGUGGCCAGUGAAAAGAAAGGACUUGGUGGAGCAAUGAAGUUCUUGUUUAGUUGCAAUGGCUGUUGGCAAGAAACUAUCAAUUAUCAGAGUAGUCACCUUGCUCUGGAGUCACAGCAUCAACUGGUGUCCUUAGCCCUAUCCGUAGCUUUUUUUAUAAGUGGGCAUGGCUAUGAGUCUUACAGAAAAACAAUGGGAAGGGGGUUGGGUUGGGGUGUUAUAUCAGAUAAGCUCUUUUUGGAUGUCAUUGAUCUUGCUUUCCCUCACAUCAGAGACAUCCUUGAUGAAAUGUGUGAGAAGGAGAAGGAAUACAUGAAAGCCCUUUCAUCAGACCAGUUGGGGAGUUGGUCUUGUGCUGUCACAACUUGCAAUGGUUGUUGGCAGAUCCAAGGUCAUUUUAGCCAGAACUGUACCUUUGUGGUAAAAAAUUACUUGACAGGUGGACUGCUCUAUUAUGGUCAUUUAUCAAUGAGGGGGGCUGAUAAUAUAUGCGAAGAAGAUUUGUGGAAGGGUACAUCGAAAGCUGCAGAGGGGCAUUUAGCCCAGGUUUUGUGGGCAGAAGCAAAAGAAGAGGGGCUAAAGGUGGAGGUUAACUGGCAGGAUGCUGACUCAUCAUCAGCGAAAGGAUUCCGAUACUCGUUUUCAAAUGAGCAAGAAUCCAGAGUAAUGUUGUGCGGGGGGGCAUGUGGGGAGGGCCCAUGGGAAGAAGCUCAUUGAGCUCCAGGCCAAGAGUUCAUUCAGCAAGGCAUUUAUUGACAGCCACAAAAAAGAUUACCCUGAUAUGGGGAAAAUGAAGUGUUGCUGUAUUGGGAAGAAGCACACUUAUGUGGCCACGCGCAAUAAACCAUCAUGUGGUUGUAUAAGCCCAGCGUUUAUUCAGAGUGCAAAACGCAACCAUUAUUGUGCACUAGUUCAGGCAGGACAGGAUCCUGAUAAAUAUAGGGAGACUAUGCUGUGUUUGGGAAAAUAUCAUUUCCGUGACAUACACAAAUGGGAAGGUGGUUCCUGUCAGUUUCAUCCUCUAAAGAAAUGCAGUUGUAAGGAAUGCCCAAGCGACGAGGAUGGUUUUUAUGAAAAUUUAAAAUGCCCUGGGGAAGCAUACCAUUCAGCCCAUGUUUUAAAGUGUGAAUUUCAUGCUCUGUGCUAUGAAAUAGAAUGUUCUUCUAGGACUAGGGAGGCAAAAAAAGUCAUUGACCGUGGGUUGGGAAAGGGGCACUCCAACCUGCCAGAAUCGACAUGUAGUGUCCUUACUAAGUUUAGGGCUAAGGAUGUCAACCUACAUCAGAAACACUACUAUGCAUCGACAAAUUUGGGUCUGAUACAGGCAAAUAUGACAUGGUGCUUCAAGAAGAGAGGGCCCGACUAUCACUGGAUAGUGGAUUUGUAUUCAAGACUGGGCUUGCCAUUGCUUGAUGGCAUCCAAGAAAUGGUAAGUGUUCUUAUUCGUUUACAUGUACAGGCAAAAUUUUAGUGCCUUAUAUAUUUUAUGAAUGUGUGAUAUAAUGCUAAAUAAAUAAAUCAGUGAAUCAUCUCAGACAUUUUGUUUUGCUCUAUUACACAUACACUAAAUUAUUACAUAACAGUGACAAAUUUGUCCUUAUUUCUCGGCAGUGUACAAAUGAUAACCAAGAUAGAAUGAAACGUUUGGAAAGAAAAAGGACUACAGAGGGAAAAAAGAAGCGGGUCUGAUUGAAAAUCAACAGGACAGAAGAACAAGCACUAAGCUAAAGAAAAACUUUCAUACCGCAAAUCAAACUGCAGAAACUAUUGUACCAAAACAACAUGCAAAAUACGAACACAAAAUUAAUGUCUAAAAUAUUUGUAUAGUAGUUUGUACAGAAGUAAUAUUUUGCAUUUAUUCCAACAACCAAAAACUACUCUUGCAGGAAGCAUAUGCUCAAUUUUUUCUCUUUUUAGAUGCUUCAAUUUAUAUUAUUACUGUAUUUUGACUGAUCCUGUGAGCUUGUGAAAGAAAGCACAACUUGUGUUAAAAUGUGCAGCGAUAUAUAUGGGUUAUUUGCCAAAAGUGAAGUCAAGAUGACUAGAUGUUCACCACAUUGAGUUGGAACAAAUGGAAACAAAAUAUACUUUUAUUGACUUUGCUAUUUUAGAAAGAAGCAUGUAAAAAACUGCCAAAUCAGACACACAUAUGGUGAUGAAGAUGGAGAGGAAACUUGUAAUGAGGAAGAAGCCCUGCUGCUAACAGAAACAGCUAUUGCAGAUGGAACUGCAGGACCUCCUCCUAUGUUGGCACCAGUUCCUCCCCUUGAAGGAGUUGACCUGGAAGUU